AUGUUGCAUUCUCCGCUGAACCUAUAUUCAGAUGAUGAAUAUAGCACUGAUAGUGGUCUAUCCGAAGAUGAAACUUGGAUGUAUGAUCCAUGGGUUGAUGGAUGGACUUCAUGGAAGAAAUGGAAAGCUUGGAAAGAAAGUCAGAGUCCACCACCAGUUAUAAUCAACUAUAUAUACGCCGAGCCCAAAAACAAUACUAAUGCUACCAUAGCCCUUGAACAUAGAUUGAAAACAUUUGGUAUUAUUUUUGGAUCCCUAACUGGAACUAUUAUAUUAGUUUUCAUUGUUUUGCUUAUCCUUUAUUUGUAUUUGUUUCAUUUUUCGGAGAAAGAAAGGACCAAUAAUAUUGAUUUAGAGGAACAAAUCGGUCUGAGUUCAACUAGACCACAAUCAAGUCGCCCCGUUCCACAACCAAGCCGCCUCAGUCCAAACUAUCAGCAACAACGUUCUCCAAGAGGUCCACCACGGGCUAAGACAAACAAUAAUAGAAGGUCCUAUUAA